GCCGAGGGCGCUGGGCUGCCGCGCCUGGCCGGCGCGCGCGCUCCUGUUUUCCUGGCCAACUUAGAAACAUGGAUUGCCUGGACUGAAUUCUGAUGCAAACAAGGUCAUUAUGGUCCUUGUGGAUAAGUUGUUUAGGUCUGACCUGCACCACCAGCCCGUCUGCGGCAACAGAAGCAUCAGCCAGAGGAGUGAUUUAAGAUGUGUGUGAGCAGCAGCACUGCUGUGCGACAGCCUCAGGGCCACUGUGACUCAAGGAUGCGCGCUCACUGGAGCCCAGUCUUGGUGAUCCUGGGGGCAGCCUGGGCCUGCAGCAGCAGUGUCUGCCACAGGGAACAGUCAACAUGGUUCCAGGGGGUCUUCUUGUCUUCCAUGUGCCCCAUCAACGUCAGUGCCAGCACUUAUUACGGAAUUAUGUUUGAUGCAGGGAGUACUGGAACACGAAUUCACGUUUACACCUUUGUGCAGAAAAAUCCAGGACAACUGCCAAUCCUGGAAGGGGAAAUUUUUGAAUCUGUGAAGCCAGGACUUUCUGCUUUUGUAGAUGAACCUAAGCAGGGUGCUGAGACGGUUCAAGGACUGUUAGACCUGGCCAAAGAUGCAAUUCCCCAAAGUCACUGGAAGAGGACGCCGGUGGUCCUGAAGGCAACUGCAGGACUGCGCUUGCUGCCUGAACAGAAAGCCCAGGCUCUGCUGUUCGAGGUAGAAGAAAUCUUCAAGAAGUCACCUUUCCUGGUACCAGAUGACAGUGUUGGCAUCAUGGAUGGGUCCUAUGAAGGCAUAUUAGCUUGGGUUACUGUGAAUUUCCUGACAGGUCAACUGCACGGUCGUGGCCAGGAGACCAUGGGGACUCUGGACCUGGGCGGGGCCUCCACCCAAAUCACAUUUCUGCCGCAGUUUCAGAAAACCCUGGAACAAACCCCUAGGGACUACCUCACUUCUUUUGACAUGUUUAACAGCACUUACAAGCUCUAUACACACAGUUACUUGGGAUUUGGACUGAAAGCGGCAAGACUGGCAACCCUGGGAGCCCUGGAAAUGGAAGGAGCCGAUGGACACACUUUCCGCAGUGCCUGUCUGCCACGGUGGUUGGAAGCAGAGUGGGUCUUUGGGGGUGUGAAAUACAAAUAUGGUGGCAACCAGGAAGGGGAUGUGGGCUUUGAGCACUGCUAUGCCGAAGUGCUGCGAGUGGUGCAGGGGAAGCUGCACCAGCCAGAGGAGGUACGGCGCAGCUCCUUCUACGCGUUCUCUUACUACUACGAUCGGGCUGUGGACACGGGCAUGAUUGAUUAUGAGAAAGGAGGUGUUUUAAAGGUGGAAGAUUUUGAAAGAAAAGCCAAGGAAGUGUGCAAUAACCUGGAGGCGUUCUCCUCAGAGAGUCCUUUCCUGUGCAUGGAUCUCAGCUACAUCACAGCCCUGCUAAAGGAUGGCUUUGGCUUCGCAGACAGCACUGUCCUGCAGCUCACCAAGAAAGUGAACAACAUAGAGACAGGCUGGGCCUUGGGCGCCACAUUCCACCUGCUGCAGUCCCUGGGCAUCUCCUACUGAGGUCAGUCACUCCUCUGAGGCCUGUGUCAGCCAACAAGCUUCGGAAAGAGAGGAGAAAUGACAUGGCUGUUUCCUGAGCCAGGCCGGACUGAAGCCCAGCAGCUGGCUUUCUUGUGGGGAAAGGGCUUUUAUAGCUGGAUCUUGCCCAUGAGCCUACGGAGUUGGAUUGGAUUAAUUCUACACAUCUAAUGUGAACUUAUACCUAACCACUUGGAGUGCACACCUGGCCCCACAGCUAAACCUGUGAGUUGCUUUGUCAUGGAGAGCCCAGGAGCCAAAAAGAGUAGCUUUGGGAUGCAACCUUGGAGUUAGAGCUCAGGGAAUGGUCCCUGGGAACCAAAGAAAAGUGUCAUUUCAACCUUUUGAGUGCCUCAUUCCUUUAAACAUUGUCUCUUCCCUGCUAAAUUAAGCAAUGCAUGACCUAUCAGUACCAGUGUUGUCCUUCCUCCCUAUGCACUGGCUGGUCCCAUCCUUGCGUGAUGCUGCUGUCAGUGUGGCUCACAUGUGGGGUCCAGCGUGGCAGUGGGUAGUUCCGCUGUACGCCAGGUCCAGACAGCCAGCUGAACCAGGAACAGACUUGGAGGGACUCGUGACUGCACAUCACAGCCUCGCGAAAGGAGGCCAGAGGGCCCUGGGGACCUUAGGGAAGGUGUGCUGGCCGUCUGGAUUGGACCUCCUAUAAUCAACUUUGUCAGUGAACUCUGGGAUUAAUUAACACAUCCAACCUUAUGGGUAUGUGUGUGUUCAGUGCCAGUACUGCCUCCCAGGCUAAAGUAGUGAUAGUAGAUUAUCUGUGAUCCUGUCCUGACUUUUGGCCUGUGGUGAGGUCUGUGCCCACACUAUUCAAGGUCACGGCCUCUGUCCUCUUAGUGUUUGUAGCUCUACUUUCCUGCCCUGGUCCCUGGUCAUCUGAUCUCACAUCCUUUGAUUCAGCUAGUCUUAGGGCUUUCAGCCCUUAUGCACGACCUCACAUGGUCUCACUGGCUCUGUUGGUCCUGUCAGGGUGGCUGGACCAGCAUGUCAAGAGCUCUGUUUAAUUAUGCUCAGGUUCUCUGAGUCUGCAUGCUCAAGAGCUCUGAGUUUUGUGAGUUAUCCCUCCAAAUUCACUAUCUUGAGUUUUUUGUCACAUGACAUCCUGUGCUGCUUCUCUGCUCACCCUAAAAAUGUGGUUCUCAGAUUUCUUCCCUAGAAGAGCUUGUAGCUUUCCUAAACAUGGACUUCCCUAGGAGCCUCCCUACCCCUCUGCUUCCUCAUCCAGGACAUUAAAUGUGCCAGGCCCUCCCAUCAGUCCCUGGGGAAAUGUGUUUUUAAGUUAUUCCUCUGGGUCCAUAAAUACUACCUGCUGUGCACAAGGUACUUUGGAAAUUCAAGUGUUUAGGGCUUUGAUUUUUUUUUUUUAAUCCAUGGUGGUAUUUCUUCAGACUUUUCUUAUCACCUUUUUAACUGUUGCCUUCCUCAAAAGUUCUAAUACAUAAUGGAGCCAGACUUUUUGAAUUUGAAACCACCAAGAGAUAGAAUCCAGCCCUUCACCACUGCUGAAAUCUUCACGUUUCCAGUGGGUGAUCCUUGUGCUUGUUUUGUGUGAACCUGCACUGCUGGCGGGGUGGGGAGCUCCUUCCAUGGAGCUGAAGUCAGCCUGCUCAGUGGGCUUUAGUUCUGCUAUAGUUUCUCCUUCAAAGGCCUUUCUUUAUUUUCAGAGAACUGCCCACCCCCCAAUUCUUUAUGGUCCUUUUUUUAAAAACGAUAUGGCUUCCAGACCCCUCACCUUUGUCCAGAAGGUAUAUUGUUAUAUGUUGUUCUGUACAGUCACGGAGAGACUGCUUCCCACAGAAACCAAGUCCUUUUAGACUUCUGACUCACAGGCUUUGAGAGGAGACAGCCCUGGCCCAGGUUGGGUCUGACACGUCUCAGAAGCAGGAGCCAUAUCUGUAAAGCAUACGUCCUGCACAGGUCACUCUUCUAGUCUUCCUGAAUCCUCCAGAACCCUUGGGUGUUGCGCUGACUAGACAUUUAGCUACAUGUGUGAGUCUACAUUAGAACCUCUGGAGAAUUAACCCAUUUGUUGAAUGGUAACUUGGAAUGAAAAUGUUUCUUCGAGAUCUGACAUGUCCCUUCUUCCCCUUGUGGCCUCUUACUAAGAGACCCUAUUGACUGCAGUAUUGCUGGCUGGUUUCUUCUAAUGGACUGUGGACACAGCCUGGCGCAGAGUGGAUGGUGUGUUUACCACCCCCGAAGCACAUGCUCUGUGGGCCAUGAAGUCCUUGCAAGGCGUG